CGACGUCGUAUCAGAAGAGGACGAAGUUGCGAAACUCCCGAGAAAGGAGGGAGCUACUCUACAAGCCUGCUGAAAGAGGAGAGCUAAAAAACAAAAAACCGAAAAAUAACCUUAAAAAAACCGUAAACGCCAAUCCUCCAAAAAUCUACGUGUACUGGAAGACUUUUUUGUAACGCUGAUAAUUUAUUAUAUGUGAAGAAAGUAUUUAUACUUUUUUUUCCUAUUUGCACUAACUAACGGUACUUAAGAACUACUGAGAAUCUUUAUUUUUUACAAAAAAGAAAAAAUAUCACACCCUGUGGAAGGACACCACUUACACAAAACCAGCACUUCUGAUUUUGAUUUUUUUCCCCCAACCUGUUUCAUCCGAGUUCUGGUUACUUUUGCCAUCCCGACUGGAGAGAGCAGCUGUGCUGCCAAACACGGAUAAACAAAGCAGACCCAGUGGACACGUUCAAGGUCAGACACAAAUAAUCUUGUUGCAUUGGGUAAACUUCAGCAGUUAGCUAUGCAGCUUGAAAUCCAAGUAGCCCUCAACUUCAUCAUCUCAUACCUGUAUAACAAGCUGCCCAGGCGGCGAGUCAACAUUUUUGGCGAGGAGCUGGAGCGGCAGCUGAAGCAGAAAUAUGAAGGACACUGGUACCCGGACAAGCCAUACAAAGGUUCAGGAUUCAGAUGCAUCCACGUUGGGGAGAAGGUUGACCCCGUGGUGGAGAAGGCAGCCAAAGAGAGUGGGCUGGACAUUGAAGAUGUCCGCAACAACCUUCCCCAGGACCUCAGUGUGUGGAUUGACCCCUAUGAGGUGUCCUACCAGAUUGGGGAGAAGGGGCCCGUCAAAGUGUUGUACGUCGACGACAGCAACGAAAGUGGAAGUAGCAAUGUGGGACUUGAUUUGGACAAGGAGAUCAAGAACAGUUUCAAUCCAGACGCGCAGGUCUUCAUGCCCAUCAACGAGCCUGUGAAUGGCGCCUCCCCGGGUUCCAGCUCGCCCUCCCCACCUUUUGGCCACUCGGCAGCAGUAAGCCCCACCUUUAUGCCCCGCUCCACGCAGCCUUUAACCUUCACAACAGCCACCUUUGCUGCCACCAAGUUUGGCUCCACUAAGAUGAAGAGCAGUGGACGCAACAAUGGCGGCAGUGGUGCUGGGAACAAGGUGGCACGUACCUCUCCCACCAACCUGGGCCUGAAUGUGAACAGUCUCCUGAAACAGAAAGCCAUCUCCACCUCCAUGCACUCUCUGUACGGGUUAGGCCUUGGCGCGCCGCAGCAGCAGCACCAGAAGCCCUCGGCACUCUCCCCCAAUGCCAAGGAAUUUGUGUUCCCCAGCCUGCAGGGCCAGGGCAGCCAGAGUGCUCUUUUCCCCAGCGACAGCUCGCUCAGCCUCAGCCCGCUGCAGUACAGCAAUGCCUUUGAUAUGUUUGCGGCCUACGGUGGCCUUAAUGACAAGUCGCUUAUGGAUGGCUUGAAUUUCAGCUUGAGCAACAUGCAGUAUUCUAACCAGCAAUUCCAGCCAGUAAUGGCCAACUAGUACACGUGAAGGUACUACUUAAGCUACUACUUCAUACAGAAACGACCAGAGAUAAUGUGAUGGGGGAAACAAACACAAAUGCACAUUUCAAAA